GCGACCAUCCCCAGUUGAAGAGAGAUGGUCGCCCUCUAAACUUUCAGGACCGAAAGACCCUUAUACCUUCCGAAGCACUUUCCUUAUUAAUUUUCCUUCACAAAAUUUAUUUUUUUCGAUUAUUUUUGUUUAAUAAUGCCUUCAACUUUCUUUUAUUAAUUUAUUCUUUAACAAUUCAGUUUAAGAAAAUAAUUAAAUUAAAAAUUAAAAUUUCUUAAAUUUAAACUUUAUCUAAUAAAAUUUAACUACGUCAGCAAGCAGUACAGUAAUAUUAAUUCCUGGCCAAAAACGUCCCCAACAAAACAAUAAAAACAAUAAACUUUUAUUUUCCUUCCCAACAUUUUGUCAAAAAUUGCUAAAUAAUAUUAACUGCACUAGUAAAAGUGGCCUUGAAAGCCUCGUUAAAAAUAGUGCCCUAAAACUGGCUGAAACAAAUUUGCUUCAGCAAGCGGCGGCCACCCAAGGCGGCUUGGUUGGCUUACAAACAGCAGCGGCGGCGGCUGUAGCAGCAGCACAGGCUCAUCAACACCAGCAGCAACAAGAAAUUGCUGCGAAAAGAAUUCGAUUCGCGUGCCCUCAGUUAAUACCUGCUGUUGGCGGCGGGGCAAUUGUCUCCUCCUCAGCACCUGCUUUGAUACCGAUAGUAAAUCAUCAACAAUUAAUCCAGCCUCCACCAAAUAACAAUACAAAUUCAAUUAUUCAACAACAACAACAAAUGUUGAGUACUUUCCAUCAUCAUCAACAAGUUGCUGCAAUGGCUGCUGCAGCUGCAGCAGCAGCAGCUAAUAAUCAUAAUAAUAAUUUACAAACAUCGCCUAAAGAUGAAAAUGGAAUUCCAAUUAAUGAGAAUGGAAGAAAUGAACGGAUUAAUGGGACUGGAGGGGGAGAAUUGAUUAACGAUUAUGCUCGUUAUGGGGAUCCUACAAAAUUUUCAACAAAUCCUGAUGGAAAUCGUUUGAUACAAACAAUGAAUGGAGGACCUAUUUCUCAAAGCUACCAAGAUUUAUCUAGCGGUGUUCAAAACCAGCCUAAUUCAAUUUUGCGUAUAAUAAUUGAAUGUAUGCUUUACCCGGUUACUUUAGAUGUUCUUUUUAUGAUAUUUUCUCGUUUUGGAAAAGUCCUUCGCAUAAUUACUUUUAACAAAAAUAAUUCAUUUCAAGCCUUAAUUCAAUUAAGUGAAUCAAGUGCUGCAAUGAAUGCAAAAAGUUCCUUGGAUGGUUUAAAUAUUUAUAAUGGAUGUUGCACUUUGCGUAUUGAAUUUAGUAAAUUAAACACUUUAAACGUAAAAUAUAAUAAUGACAAAAGUCGUGAUUAUACAAAUCCAAAUUUGCCUUCCGGCGAAUUAACCUACGAACAAAAAUUACAAUUAAUUUUACAAAAUACCCAAUUAACUGGGGGGCAUCACCAACAACAACAAAUUGGGGCGCUCUUUCCUUUCGGGGCUGCUGCAGCUGCGGCUGUAGCUGCACAACAAUUGGCAGCUAAUGUUAAUACUUCUAAUGGAACUGCUAAUACACAAUUUCCAUUUAAUGGGCAAAUGGCUUUACAGCCAAAUAAUGGUUAA